AUGGCCUCUAUCAAAAUCGCCGAGAUCUCUCGCACCGAUCUCGAAAGUCACUUGGCGAGAGUAUCAAUCACUGACGUUGAACACCUAUCCUCUUACAACUGGGUUGAAGCCUCUGUACCUACGAUCGCCAUCCCUGGUAGCCCUGCCCUAUGGACUCCGCCACAGGCCGCGCAGAGGCAGGUGAAGAAAGACUCCGGUCUCAUCUACAUAGCCCAGAACGCCGCUCGCCACCCAGAAAGUCCGCUUGAACCCUUGUUUCGGGCCUUGUAUAUCGCACACCCUGCGUUCGAUAUCCGGUCCGUGGAUCUGGUGACUGAUCGAAACAAUAUGCGCAAGCUCUUGUCAUUUGUCAACCCUAGCUUAGACAAGAAAGGAUUGGAACCCUUUACUAUUGAGGUUGAAGUCAUGAACGAUACCGCUAUAUUCUGUCGUGCGGAGACAAAGACGUUCGAGGUUAUCGGACCACGUCAAUACAAGGGGUUUGGGCAUGAGUUUGAGAAGGCGUAUACGACGGUCCAGCUGAAGGGAAGUACGGGACAUCACAGGAUUAUCUCCUACCGGCUCGGUGGUAUGAAACUGUUGGUGCGCUAUGAGACGGACGGAUACAUUGCGAGACCUUCAAAGGCAUCGACGCCAUCGACUGAUAGUAGGAAACCGUUGCAAGACAGCGACAACCUAUCCAGCAUGCUUGAAUCACUGUCUCUUUCCCCUCCAAAACCUUGCUAUGUGGGCUCGGACAAGUCAACCUUGAGGAUCUUGGAAAAAGGCCAAGUCGUGCCGAUCGAAUCAACCCUCGAGAUCAAAACACGCACCUCCAAGAGACCUAUUAAAAUUGACGAAGUUCUUCCACAGCUGUGGGUAUCCCAGACUCCGAACCUUGUCCGUGCCUACCACAGGAAUGGUUUGUUUGAGCGACCAGAGGUUGAAGAUGUUAGUGGUGAACUUAAGAAGUGGGAGGAAGAUCACCAUGCGGAUCUGGGGAAAUUGGUCGUAUUGAUUAAAAAUCUUAUCUCUGUGGUCAAGGAAAGUGGUGUGAAGGCUGUUAUCAGGUAUGAUGAUCGAUGCGACAAGUUGGUGGUUUGGAAGAAACGUGAGGGCGGGAGAAAAUUGUUGCCUGACGACCUUUACUCCAGGUUCAUCGUACGAAGAUAA